AUGUCCGCUCCGAGCAGGAAGCAGAACGCAUCCUCUAGCAUAGAUGCGGAGGACAAUGCACUGAUCGCUUCUCUACAAACCAUGAUCCAGUCGCAGGAUCACCAGACCAUGGCAUCCCAGAAGGAGAAGCUCCUGUCUCUUGCUGACAAGUAUGCACAAGUCAGACCGUCCUUGACUGCAGGAAUUCUUGGUAAUCUAGGGUUGGCAUUCCAGAACCUGGGGCUGGUUGAGGAGGCGAUCACUUUGUUUGAGAGACAUCUUAAUGUGUCCGAGGGCAUGAAGGAUUCCUUCAGCGUCUACACCGCCUGCGGUAACCUCGGCAAUGCAUACUCCGACCUCUGCAAUUUUCCUGAAGCUAUCAAGUACUUCGAGAAGGCAGCAGAAUGCGCGAGGGUGCUGGGGUCCAAGGAGGCAGAAGCAAAUUGCCUUGCAAACCUGGGGAUCUCAUAUCGAGCGAUCGGCGAGUAUGAACGAGCGUUGGAGCAUCACGAAAGGUCUCUCAAGCUCUCAGUGGAGUCAGAGGAUGUCGCGGGUGAAUGCAAGGCUCGAGGUAACAUUGGUGCGCUCCUCCUCGCUCAGGGAAGGUCCCUUGAAGCAAGGCCCCAGCUGGAGAAGACUCUGGAACUCGGGCUUGUCCUGCAGGACGAGACAGUUCUGGCUAAGACGUAUGGAAACCUUGCGACGAUCUCGAUGUAUCUUGGUCAAUUUGAUGAGGCGGUGGUGAUGUUCGAAAAGCAGAUCGAGCUUGCCAAGAGUCUGGGAGACGCAACGGUCGAAGCAGUGGCUUAUGGCAACCUGGGACUAACAUACUCCGGGAUGGGAAAGAACAUGAAGGCGAUAGAGCUUGAACAUCGAUACUUGGAGAUGUCAAAAGCUCUUGGAAACCUUGCAUUGCAAUCCUCUGCAUACUCCAACUUGGGCAGCGCGUACAAUUCUGUUGGUCAGUACGGUAAGGCUGUGGAAAUGCAUGAAGCUUGCCUGAAAAUAUCCAGCGAACUUGGGCUCGUGAACGAGGAGUGUACUGCCUACAGCAAUCUUGGGACUGACUACUUGUCUCUUGGAGAGUAUGCGAAAUCAUGGCAGAUGCAUAAGAAAUGCCUAGACAUGUGUCAGAGAAUAGGCGACAAACGAUCUGAAGGGAUGACGCAUGGAAACCUGGGUAAGAUCGCCUUUUUGUUUGGAGGUCGUGAAUCUGCAGUCGACAUGUUCACUAAGUUUCUUGAGAUGUCGAAAGAAGUAGACAACUUGGAAGGAGAAAUGAUCGCUGCCCUAGACUUGUCCUACUGCGACAUAGUCGGCGGUCGGGCGGAGCAAGCGAUUUCGAGUCUGAACCAGCAGCUGGAGAGGUGCAAGAGUGCCUCGAUGAAGGACAACGAGAUGGGUGUGUAUCGCAACUUAGGAGAGGCUUACUCGUCGUUGGGGAGACAUGAUGAAGCGAUGAAGAUGUUCACAGAGGCUCUCGGCAUCGCGAUCGAGCUGCAAGAUGUCAGUGAGGAGAGCAAACUGAACGGAUCCAUCGGGCACGAGAUGAUCCAUCUCAAGGACUACAAGGGCGCGACUAGAGCCCUCCUGAGGGGGAUACUGCGAUCGGAGCUGGUGGAGAAGGACCUGGGAGAUCGAGACUCGUUGAGGGUGUCUCUCUUUGAAUCCCUAGAAAGGAGCUACUCGCUCUUGCAGACCGCUCUUAUCCUCCAAUCUCGGCAGGAGGAGGCGCUUGCCGUCGCUUCCUACGGCAAGGCUAGAUCGCUGACGGCCAUCCUUGAAGCCAAGGAGAUGGAACGUUUGACUGCAGCAACUCAGCUUCAUGCCCUGAACGAGGACGAAGAAGAUGAAACGCUCGUUCUCAGGUCCCUGUGGGAGGAGUACCAGCAGAUGGUGAGGGAGGAGGGGAUCGCUGUGAUGGAAUAUUACUGCGGCCAUGACGGAGAGAUCUGUGCCUGGAGCGUCUCUCCCGAGGGAGAGUUGGUGUGUGCUCAUAGGUGGAACACGAACGCACUGGCAGACAAGUACAAGUUGAAGAGGAUGGACAUGAGAACUCUUCUUGACAUUGCUAGGGUGUCCCUCGGGGUAGAAGGGAGGGACAGCAUGAAUAAUGCAGGCAGCUGUUCUCAGCCUGAAGAUGAAGAUGAGAAGAUGUUCAUGCAGGAGAUGCUGCUGCUUCGUCAACGCCCUAGAGAGGAGGAGAUCGAGGAUCCUGCGCAGGUGCGGAAUCAGCUAGCAGGCAUGGAAGACGCGAUUGUCAAGAGCGGCGACGUGGUCGACGUCAAGGCUCGUCUGCUAGAGACUGAGGGGCUGCAAUCGUGGAUCCGAUCCCACGUGCAAUGCAGCGAAGAAGAGCAUGCCGCGGUCACGACGAAGAUGGCAGAGGCGGUGAAGACGUGGCUAGACCUCAGCAAGAUCAGCAAGAGGAGGCUCAAGGACAUCACCUCCCUGCCGGAGGGGGGUUGGAUGGAUAGCUUCUGCUCGCAGGUGAAGGAGCUCUUCGAUGAAGACAGCAUCCUCCGGGAGCUCUACGACGUCCUUGUCGCUCCCCUUAGCUCAUCUCUGCAUGGAAGGACUGAGAUUCUCCUUCUGCCUCAUAAGGAGCUGUUCUUCGUCCCCUGGGCGGCGCUGCUGGACCAACAGCAGAACUACCUCGUCCAGUCCUUCACCCUCCGCGUCGCCCCUUCCUUGAAGACAGCCCGCAUGAAGAGUCGAGGGCUCCUGGCCUCCUCCGACGGCCCCAAGAGGAUCUGCAUAGUCGGCGACCCGCACCCCAACUCCGUUGGCCCGCUCCCCUUCGCCCUGGAAGAGGCUCGGGAGCUGCAGGCGAGGUGCGGGGACAAGGAGCGGUUUCAGGAGGUCGUGGUGGUGACCGGGGAGGAGGCGAACAAGAGCGCUGUUGUCGAGGCGAUGCGGGGGAGCCACUGGGUCCACCUGGCCUGCCAUGGCAAGCUGGAGAAGAACUCGCUGGUGGUGAGCUCGAGGGACGAGCGACAUGAGGACUUGAGCAUGGAGGAGAUUCAGUCGGCGAGCCUCGGGCUUGCGGCAGGCUCCAGCGUCGUCCUCAGCGCGUGCAACACGGGGAGAGGCUCGGUGAAGGGCGAGGGAGUGAUCGGAAUCGCGCGAGGGUUUCUUGCUGCGGGGGCCUCGGCCACCCUGGUGUCUCUGUGGAGCAUCGGGGACUCGAGCACCAAGGAGCUCAUGGAUCGCAUGUACAUGAGCCUGGAGGAAGGGCAGGAUCUGGCACAGGCCCUCAGGAUAGCGAUGCUCAGCCUGGCAAGGUUGGACAUGGUCGACAGGGGGGCAGACAGAGGGAGGGUGAAGUCACGCGCUCCAGAGAAGAAGUCAGCGAGAAGCUGGGCAGGGGUACUAUCGAGGAAAGAAACCAGGGUCAAGGGUGGGUUUGAGGGUAUGACAAGAUUCGAGGAGGAGGCAGAGGAGCACAAGGGGAUUUUUCCCGAGCGGCCAAUCCUUGUGAAGAAGGAUGAACGGGGGGUCUGGUCGUUCGAUCCAGACGGACCUGCCGCCUUCGAGAUGGCGAGACCAGUCUGCCUCGGGGGGUUCCGAUGGGGACCAAGCAGUGAAGCGAGCCAUCGAGGAGAGAUUCGGCUUUCACCGCACCCGCCCCUCGCACUCGCUCUCUUCCAGACCAGCUCCUCCUCCUCAGUCCUUCAAUGACAACAAGGUCAAGGGCAUCAGCGGCGGCGGCGGGGAAGUGCUAGAGCCGCACUCGUUGCCCCUGGCACGGCUCCUGAUGCUCAGCUCUCGAGCAUGCAGGAGUUCUGUGGGCAGGUCAGCGGCAGCUGGAUCAUUACGGGGUCGCACCUGAGCCAGUGCUUCAUCCACACGUUUCUCUUCUCCUUCGUCAACGCUGGCUUCAUCGUUGCGGCUUCUCUUCGUCUGCGAGAGAUGCUCUCUCUUCCUCCCCCUCCUCCUCGCGCCAUAACCAGGAAGCAACUGCUCAAAGUGACAGGGAGCUCUCUGGUUGCCAUGUACAACCUCAUCAUGUUCGCUGUUCAUCUAGCUUACGACUACGGGUCACCGUAUCAGUGGAUCAUGUACCCUGCUUCCUGUCUCACUUGGUCUCUUUGUGUCGUUGUGCUGCUCCUCGAAGCAAGAUAUGCUUGGCCGACCAACUGGGUUUGCAAGGGAUUCUGGAUUUCAUCAUUCCUGAUCGCAACUGUCCUGCUAUGGAGCAACAUGAUGGAUGGGAAGUUCAUGGGUUCGCACGAGCUCAUCCCGUUCUUGAUGCACUACCUCCUCUACGCCGCUAUGGCCGCCAUGGCUCUGCUCCUGCGCGAGUCGCGAGACUACGCCUCCUUGGCGUUCGACAUCUCUGACAUCUCGGUGGACGAGGAGGAUACAGCCCUCGACGCAAACGAGGAUGCAAAGCAAUCCUCUCGUCCCAUGACAAGGAACAUGGCGCCCGGCAGCUCAGAGUCGAGGAGGGUGCUGAGAAGGGUGCUGGACCUGCUGGCUGACGACAAGUGGCUGGCCAUGGCGGCCCUCGCCUGCUGCUUCAUCGGCGCUCCGAUUGAGAUCGUUCAGUUCGUCUAUGCGGGGAUGGUGGUCGACGACUGCGCUGUGCCUGAAGGCCCUUCGGCUUUGGCCCAGUACCUCGCGGUCUUGGUCGCCCUCUACCUCAUAGAGGGGGUCGCUGCCGCCUCUCAGCUCAUCCUGACCUCCCUCGUCAGCGAGAGGAUGGCCCAGAGAAUGAGAAGAGCAGCGCUGACAGCUGCUUUGAACCAGGAGGUUCUCUAUGUCGAAUCAGGAAAGAUUGACGACAUCACCAACUGCAUCCAGAAACAUGUUCAUAAAGUUCAGUUUUACCUCCUACGAGCAUGA